UCUUCAGUUGUUUCUCGUACGAUUCUUGACAAUAUAUCUGUGUAAUCAUUUUAAAAAUUAACUCUAAGGCAGAUAACAAAAUGGAAACUUGGUUUUGGAUUCUUGGCUGGUCUCUCUCCAUUCUGACCAUAGGUGGAAAUGGAUCUAUUAUCUUCAUUGUUUGUAGCAGACGGCGGCUCCGAACCAAAACCAACGCGUUCAUCGUUUCUCUUGCGGUGGCGGAUUUCUUUGUUGGAGUGAGCACUUUCCCUUCAUUGUUCUUCUGCCCGGAAGAAGGUGAUUGCAACAGGUUAUCUCACGAUUUGAGGAACUUAUUCCCAUUCGCCUCAGUGGUAAACCUAUGUACUUUAGUCCUGGAGCGUUAUGUUGCUGUCGUAAUGCCUUUCAAAUAUUUGACUUUUAUGAAACGUCGCCGCGUUUUCCUGGUGAUUUUCAUCUCUUGGGCGAUUCCAGUUAUAACUACUUUGGCUUUUUUCAGAAUGAAUUGGCUUUGUCCAAGCCACCGUCUACUUUUUGAAAUAUUUACUUCGCUGAAUAUAUUUUUUUUGGCUUUUCUGCCAUGCUGUGGUCUGGUCUUUUGCUUCGCUUCAAUGCUAAUUGUUGUUAACAAGCACGAACGAGCAGCUCGUGUCUUAGCAAAGCAGCUCCAUUUUAAUCAUCGAUUUCUGUUCAAAAUCCAGGAGAAAUCUGCAGUUAAAAUGAUGGCAAUUGUUAUAGGAAUUUUCCUUCUGGCGAACACAUUUGCUUUACGAUGUGGUUAUAUAUUAUUAUUCAAAACAGGAAAAACAUGUGAUGAUGAAGAAUAUAAAAUACCCCUCCUUGUUUUAAACUCUGCUAUUAACCCCAUUGCGUACGCCUUCUACAAGCGGGAUAUAAAGAAGGAGAUGAAAAAAUGUAUUUUCCGCGUCAUCUAGGCAAAGUGAUUCAACUUUUUCAGCUAAUUCAAGAAAUUCGCAAAAUUGGUUUUUAAGCUUUCAUUAAUGGUUUGUCAAUAGGCGUUGAUAAUUAUGGAACGAAACAAAAUUGUAUUCCAAGAUCACCUUUUGGUUUUUGUCUCUUGAACGAGGCUGCCUUUAUUCUCCAAUUUAUUGCUUGACAUCCUAGUGAUCUUUUACCUCAUUCGAGUUUGAUUACCUGUUCGUGUGAAUCUGAAGGUACCUUUAAAAUUCUUAACCGCACAAGCGUAUGCUGUGAAGAG